AUGAAGUUAAUCCACUCCUUUAGUUCCCUCUGGGGAAUAUUCUUGCAUCUUUUACUACUCGACACUACCACACUCGUUUACAGUCAUCCUCACGAUGUCUUUCAUCAUCGGCAUCAGGCUAAAGCUAACGAUUCUCUUGGGGAUCUUGAUGGCCUCGAACUACCCGUACUUGAAAAGCGUGCCCUUCCCGACCUGAGGGUAAUGGCUCUUGGAGCAUCCAUCGUCUUUGGCGUGGGAUCAACCGAUGGAAAUGGCUUCCGAAAGCUCCUGAGAGACCAGCUGCGUUUUUCUGGCUAUAAAGUCGACAUGGUCGGCACCAAGAACGGCGGGAGCAUGAAAGACAAUGACGUGGAAGCAACUUCUGGCUUCAUUGUGAAGCAGAUUCACGACGCUUCCAAGCUUUCGUACAAGUACAAGCCAAACCUAGUCGUCAUCAAUGCUGGCACAAACGACAUUGUUGGCAACAUUGACCCGGCUGGUCAGCCCCAAAGACUCAAAUCGAUGCUGCUCGACCUCUGGUCCAACAUCUCGCCCGAUACUGUCAUCAUUGUUUCGACUAUUCUUCCCGUCGACAAACCGGCGGCCGAAGCCUUGCGCGGCGGCGUCAACAACGGAUAUCGUAAUGUCGUCUCGGACCUGUACAAGGAGGGCAAACCUAUCUAUCUGGCGGAUCUGGAUGGUUGGAUGACGCUCUCGGACCUGGAUGACGGCACGCAUCCUACAGACUACGGUUUCAGGAAAAUGGCGGGCGCACUCUGGUCAGCUAUCCAGAAAGCCGAAAAGGAAAACAAGUUGAAGGAUCCCCUACCCGCCGAUUUCUCCAACGACAACGGCAAAACAUGUCGCAAGAGUCCUGGUGAUGGCAUCAACGCCGGUGCCCUGACUCAGAAGGGCAGUGGCUACGACGACGGCACUUAUGAGCACGACAGUCAAGAGAUGGGCGCGCUCUUGACCAUCACCAGCGACUGGGAUCGGGAUCAGUGGUUCUUUGCCCGCAUCUUCCGCUCCGACCGUGACGAUCUUCUUGGCUGGGUCGAAAACUCUGCGGGUAAUGUUGUCUACGCCGUGCGGAGGAAUGAUGGAGGUGGCAAGUUCACCAAGAUUGCUACCGACUUGAAUGUCAACGACAAUUGCAAGCCCAAAGGAGUCGUUUUUAUCGACCUGAAUGGCGACGGACUUGAUGACUUUGCAUGUAUUGGUCCUGACGGCGCCGUCUAUGCCAGUAUAAACCAAGGCAACGGAGGCGGCGACAAGCCUCCAUCCUUUGUCUACAAGGGCCUUUGGAGAGCUGCUGACUCGAGGUUCCCUCAAGCAAAGGUUCGUCUGGCAGAUAUCGACGGUGAUGGUCGAGCCGACUUUUGUGGUCUUUCCGACAACGGAGACGUCUACGUUUGGCGCAACGGAUGGAUCAACGACAUGCCUGAAUACUGGCAAGCUCUUGGAAAGAGGUUCGAAGGUAAGGGCAUGGGCAACCUGGAAGGUACUCGCUUCGAAGACCUCAACGGCGACGGGCGUGACGACUGGAUCUGGGUCGGUGACAAGGGAGAGGCGCAUACCUGGACCAACUCUCGAAGUUGCGGCGUGGGCAAAGAAGGCAACGGUCUCAAAGUAGCCUGGCGUCCGGGCUACUACAAGGGCAAGACAUCGGGUCCUACUCACGCAGGUGGCUUUGCCAGCGGAAUCCGGAAUAGGAUCCAUUUCGCCCGCAUCUAUGGCGAGCCUCAGGACUUUGGCCUUCUUGGGAGGUUAGACUAUGUGUACAUGGAGCAUACCAAGGGCAGCAACGGGAAGCACACAUUCAGGAUGCGCGUCUGGAAGAACAAGGGAUACGGAGCCACGAAACCAAAGGCCGACGGCAACAAAUACUGCGACAUGACUGGCAACGGACGGGACGACUAUGUCUGGGUCCUAUCCAAGGGAGAGAUGGACUUUUACCCCAACGGCGGCAAGAACUUCAUCACCGGCUCGGAGAGCUACUGGGGGCCUAUGCAAAAGGCCUUCUUCAAGCCAGACCGAGACCUCGAUCGAAGAGAUCUCCAUCUCACAGACUGGGACGGAGACGGCAAGUGCGACAUUGUCUGGGUUGACCCGAAUAACCAAAAUCGUGUUUCUGUGUGGCGCAACAAUUACACCCCCGGCGGUGGCUUCAACUGGCAGUACCUCGCCAAUCCUGCACCUGAGCUGUACUGUCCUGAGAAGAGAGGCAUCGGGUUCCACGACAUCCCCGUUCAGUUUGCUGAUGUCUCGGGUAGUGGCCGCAGCGACUAUCUGUGCAUCGAGAAGAACGGCAGGAUAUGGGGUUGGACACAAGACGCCAAGGGUGCCUGGACAUACAUCGACCAGUUCUUCAGCUCCAAGAAGCACGACAGGGCCAACAUGCGCUUUGCCGACGUUGAUGGCGAUGGCCGGGAUGAUGCCAUCUGGGUCGAGAAGUUCUCAGGUGACGCCUUUGUCUACUAUAACAUGGGUCGUAGAGACAUUGCCGGUUCGCGAUACUGGUGGGAGAUUCAGGAGAGGGGAGGACCGUUCCCGGCCUAUGGCGGCAGCUAUGCUGGCUCAUGCCAGUACUUUCCGGAUCUCAACGGUGACGGAAGAGCCGAUCUGCAUAGUAUCCAAGGUACUUUUCCCAACACGGCUGUCUCGGCAUACAAUGUCUGCGACGGCAACAGAUCUGGCGAUGACAGCACCGAUAUCAAGCAGCCCGACCUCAUCAUGCCCCCGUCC